AUGAAAAAGGCCAAGGCGCGAGCCACGUCGACCGGCUCCAUAUCCAACUCGCUGGCUGGCACUGCACAACCCCUGCCUCAAGGAACCGCACACGAUACCACCCAAAGCGCGCGCGGUGCCUCCCAACCACCAAGCACGCCAUGCCCUUCGCAACUCACCAUACUCCGUGCGCCGCACUCCGAACCGAAUAUACCAACAAAAUCUACACGUCGGAGGCACCCCACUGUUCCCCAUGUGAUUACAUAUAACGCAGCCGACAAGAACCUAGCGCUAGGGCUCCGCGAACUUGACGUGAAAGGCCUUAAGAAGGACGAAAAGGGCUUUAAUUAUGUCUUCUCUAUACAUCAUGCCGCCAAAAGCGGUGAUAUGUUCUUCAAGGUCGGCGAAACAAAAGACUCUAUACAGAGACGACUACAACGGAUACACUCACAGUGCGGACUUGUCGUCAAGGACAUUACGAUCCCGGGCCAAGUUCCAGGCCCAUACUAUAAAAAGGCGGAAAAGCUCAUCCUUGCAGAGCUGGCUCCCUACAAACACAACUUUGAAUGCGACUGUGGUAUCAACCAUAAGGAAUACUUCAAGGGAGUAUCGGAGAGCCAUCUAAUAGCAGUAACGUGGCGCUGGACUCGCUUCUGCGAGAGCGAACCCUGGGAUGCCAAAGGCAAGCUCCUUCCAUUCUGGGAGGCACGUCUUAAUCAGCUCGAGGCGCGAUCUUUGCCAGACAUAGCGAGCUCCGAGGACCGAGCCAAGAAGUGGAAGGAAUUUGCCUGCCCCAGUCCGCGGGCUUACCAUUGGUACAACUCCAAAGCUCUUUUUGCCUCGGCUAUCACUCGAUACCAGCUCUGGAUAGGGGUGUUCCUCUCUCUCUUUCUGAACCUCGCUAUGACCCCGAGUAGGCUCUUAGUCUGCUUCAUUACGGCACUCCAACUCCUCACCACGUGGACGUAUACCGUGAGCUACGCCGACUCUGUCUCAGAUAAAAGCCAUGCGCGGCCGGGCGUGAGUGGGAUGUUACGCCGUCAUCAAGACAGCGCCCAGGACAACGUGCCAGAAUCCAGCAACGAGAGGGGACUCAGAUCGCAACUCCGUGGCGCGAUAGCUGUCGCGAGAAAUGACACGGAGACAAUGAAUGUUCCGGUUGAGUUGGAAUGA